GGCAUGAUUCAUCAUGCCCUUGAGGCUGUAGGGUCCAGCCUUUACAGAAUGAUUGCGCCGCACAUCCCUGCGGAUGAAUGCUACAUAAGCUGCCGAUGAACAUGUUUGGCAACCUAAGGGUUGAGAGUUCUGCAGUACAAUACGCAGCUGACAACAUGUGUCGUCGGAGUUCUCAUUUCAUUCUUGCGUUGUGGCUGUUUUGAACAGCCAAGUCCUUCAAUGCACGCUUGCUUGGUCUUGUCCAAUUAGAUGACGAUUGGUUUGCAGCCUGUUUUGAAGGCUCGAACAUUGCACUUUACGUUUCUCCUGGUACUGCAGGAAGCUAUGCUUCGCUUUGUCCUUUUCGGCCUGGUAUGGGCCGUCGUUGCUUCGGAUGCUACUUCCAGCUGUCCGCAGUCGAGCACCUCUUCGGCCCUGUUGCAGCGGCGGGUGGCUUUUGGAGAGGCCAUGCCACCUAUUGGCUUCGCGAAAGUCCACAAGACAGGAGGCAGCACGCUUGCUGGCAUCUUUUUCAGGCUAGCUGAACUCGCAAAUUCAACGAUUAUGCUGCCCGCCUGUGAAGACAACAAGCGCUUGGGGCAUCCCUUCGCUUUCCCUGGGGAGCACAAUCUGGACCUGCACGGCCCUCCUGCUCACCAGUUCGACAUGAUACUUAACCAUGCGGUUCUGAAUCCAGUCGCCUUUGCCUCCUACUUGAAGCCGACGCCAUUCUUCGUGUCCAUUUUGCGGGAGCCCAAGGCUCAGGUGGCGAGCACCUACAACUUCUACCGCAUCAAAUUCGGAAAAUGGAACAGCACCAAGGAGUACCUGGCCAGCUUGGAGACGCAACUGGAGAAGGCGAGCAAAGGUAGGAGGGUGCGGCAGUUCAUCAACUUCCAGUCCUAUGAUUUGGGCUUCUACGAAGCUGGCGGCAUGCCGAAUUCCACAUCUUCCGAGGUGUCUGAGUGGAUUGCCAGCCUGGAUAAGACCUUCAGCUUUCCUUCGGCUGGCUUGAUGCUGAUCACCGAGUACUUCGAUGAAGGCCUGGCCCUCCUGAAAGGAAGGUUGAACGUUGCCCUGCCUGCGCUGACCUACACGAUCCAGAAGGACUACCAACACAAUGAGUCGCUUUCCUAUGAGGACCUCAAUGACACGGAGAUGAGUUGGGUGCUGAAACAUGCAGCGAACGUGGACAUGCAGCUCUAUCACCAUUUCAACCGAACCUUUGCCAAGGUUUGGUCCAAGCGUGGCAGUUCAGUCGACUCGGAUCUCAGGGCGCUACAGGACGCAAAUGCGGCGCUUUCAAAAGAUUGUGAGGCCACACCUCCCGGCCCGCUCUGUGAGAAGUUUGCCACGUCGGACCCAGACAGGCUCCUAUAUGCAAACCUGUUUCGUGCUCGACAAGGUCUGAAGGAGUGCAAUGACACAGCGAAGCACUAACUCUAGAGUCUCCAGGGUGCGCGUGUGGGUGAGAAAGAACCGACUGUCAGAUGCGACACAUUGUUGACAACAGGAUGUGCGACUCUUGCGCGCAUGGCGUGCAGGUAUCAGAUGGACAGCUCGCGGUUUGCAAGGAUAGGUCAGGCGAUUUUUGUGAUUGUCACUGAGUGGAUCCAACUAUGUGAGGCGUGAUUUCGUCAAGCCA